AUGAGUGCUAAUUCAAGAGAAGAAGAAGUUCAAAAGGCACUUGGCCAACUUCAAAUGAAAAUGAUUGAUAUCCAAAAUUCAUUACGAAAAUCGGGGGCACAAAUUGAAGGUUAUAAACGAGAAAUUCAACGUUCGAAGUUAACAGACAAAGAGAUAAACUCAUUAAAAGCAAAUGUGCCCAUGUUUAGUCCAGUUGGAAGAAUGUUUGUUCAAAAUUCAAAAGCAGAAAUACGUGAACAAAUUGAAAAGAAGAUAAAAACGUGUGAAGAUGAUAUUAAAAAACAAGAGUCGUCAAAAUCUUAUUUGGAGAAACAAAUGAGAGAAUGUGAAUCACAAUUCAAAGAAAAACUUGGUCCAAUCACAACAACAAAAAAACGUUCUUAA